AUGACUAGCUCAACUACUCCAGUCGUCAUCGAUGGUAAAGGUCAUCUUUUGGGACGUUUAGCAUCCAUCACUGCCAAACAAAUUCUUAAUGGUCAAUCAAUAGUUAUUACAAGAUGUGAAUUAAUUAAUAUAAGUGGUAAUCAUUUUAGAAAUUUAUUAAAUUAUAAAGAUUAUUUAAGAAAAUCUACAAGAUAUAACAAAACUAAAGGUCCUUUCCAUUUUAGAGCUCCUUCAAGAAUUUUUUAUAAAGCUGUUAGAGGUAUGAUUCCUCAUAAAACUGCAAGAGGUGCAGCAGCAUUAGAAAGAUUAAAAGUAUUUGAAGGUGUACCACCACCAUAUGAUAAACAAAAAAGAGUUGUUGUUCCACAAGCUUUAAGAGUUUUAAGAUUAAAACCAGGUAGAAAAUAUACUACUGCUGGUAAAUUAGCUUCAGCAGUUGGUUGGAAAUAUGAAUCAGUUGUUGAUAAAUUAGAAGAAAAAAGAAAAAUUAGAAGUGCUGAAUUUUAUGCAAAAAAGAAAGCUCUCAAUAAAAAAAUUGCUUCUGCUCAAGCUAAUAAUGCUGAUUCUGAAGUUGUUACUAAAUUAGUUGCUUUUGGUUAUUAA